AUGUACAAAGCAAACUCACUUGCAGAGUUCCUUAAGGAUGAUAUGAGUUCCUUUUGGGAAGACGAUCACAGUGAUGGCGAAGAAACAGUCGCCGUGCACAGAUCAUCGGGUAUCAGAUUUUCUGACACUGUUGCCAUCCAAGAAAUCCUUUGCAUCAGCGACAUGACGACCCGAGAGGUUGCUGAUGCCUGGUACACCCAACAAGACUUCAAAAGCAUGAAGGCAGAAUGCAGACAGCUGGCCAAGUCGGUCAUCUCUGGCGACAAAAUUGAGAGAUCCUCGCACAUUUGCAUGCGUGGCUUGGAAGAGAAGCUUCGUCAACGUCACAAGAAGAUAAACCGAAGUGAAGCCAUUGGUGCAGUUCUUGACGAACAAGAAGCUCAAUUUGGCUAUGGAGAACAAGACCCCGAGAGGAUUGCACAUGUCUACCAUGAAUAUGCAGCACACUGCCUUGACGAAGCAAUUGAGCUCGCACUUCGAGAUCAAGAAUCAGCUCUCAAGUUACACAGCCUUCCAUCUGGUUCAAGGUCAUCGUCACCUGAAGAUGGCAGAUGCACGUCACGUAGCCCAGCCGUGCCUAAGGCUUUUUGUGACAUCGUAGCAGACUGUUCACGCAAAAUGCCGAGAAUACGAAAAGUCGCAGUUAAAACCCGAAAUGAGUUUUUGAGAUAA